AUGGAAGUCCACAAACUUCAUAAGAUCCCUCUUGAGAAUUCUAGGUUGACUGUCAGGAACCUCUAUUCCAAUCAUGGUUUGCUCUGUCUUGAAAUCGUUAAUAAGUGUCAUUCCCUUUUCUUGUAUAAUCCGGCGACUAGAGAAGUCAAACAAGUGUCCCGACGCCUUGAAAGAUUUACGGGUACAGUGUUCGAUGUAGGAUUUGGGUUCAAUCCAAUUCUUAAUGACCACAACAUAGUGAGGCUCUUUGUUUCUGGGUAUGAUGAAAUGGUUAAUAAGGUGGAGGUGAAUUCAUUAAAUAUGGGAUCAUGGAAGGAGGUAGAGGUUGGGAACUUACGGGUUGUGAAACUUAAACAUGGUGAAAGUUUUAGUGCUAAUGGAGCUAUCUUUUGGUUUGGGUAUACAGUAAAGCAUAAAGUAUAUAAUGGGAAGAAGUGUGAAAUUGCUGGAAGAGUCUGGAUAGUUUCAUUUGACGUGGCAAGGAAGCAUCCACUUUGA